AUGGGCAGUACUCAGGACAUGACACCGGGAAAGCCGGUCCUAUUCUUCGACAUUGACAACUGUCUCUACCCAAGAAGUGCCAAGGUCCAUGACUUGAUGGCUGAUCUCAUCGACAACUACUUCUCAAAACACUUGGAGCUUCCUUGGGAAGAAGCAGUGAAACUGCACAAGGAGUACUACACCAACUAUGGCCUGGCUAUUGAGGGACUUGUGCGCCACCAUAAAAUUGAUCCUCUGGACUACAACGCGAAAGUUGACGACGCCCUACCCCUUGAAGGGAUCAUCAAGCCCAAUCCCGAGCUGCGCGAACUACUUGAGGACAUUGACAAGUCAAAGGUUACUGUGUGGCUUUUCACAAACGCCUAUGUGAACCACGGAAAGCGGGUCGUCCGCCUUCUAGGCAUUGAGGAUAUCUUUGACGGCCUGACUUACUGUAACUAUGCAGAGCAACCUAUGCUCUGUAAGCCUGACCCUCGCAUGUAUGAAAAGGCUAUGCGCGAGGCAGGUGUCGAGCGAGUGGAGGAUUGUUUCUUUGUUGACGAUUCCGGCUUGAACUGCGCAAAGGCCAAGGAAUUCGGCUGGACAGCAGCCCAUCUCGUCGAAGAGGGAGUACCUGCUCCCGCGUCUCCAGUUUCGCAGUACCAAAUCCAGCACUUGCGAGAACUACGCAACAUCUACCCACAGUUCUUCAAGUCUACUUCCAAAUAG